AUGCAGGCUGGCCAUCAGGAGUGGACCAAGACCGGCUCGGAGCCCAAAGCCCCCGUGGAGCCGUCGAAGGACGCGCCGUCGAUGCUGCAGGCCACUGGCGGCUAUGUGACCUCCGCGAUGUCCUGGGUGGCGGGAUCGCUCAUCGGGAAGUCCGCCAACGCUACAGAAACAGCAGCGGCAACGACAGCAGCGACAGGAGCAAGCGAAUCAGCGGGAGAAAAAAUGCCGAAAGCGGUGUCGAGCAGCACGGUGAACUCGGUAUUGCCGGCGAUCACGCGAACGGAGCUGUCGAUGGAGGAGCUGGAGCAUCUGGGGGAGCCGUCGAAGGCGGAGUCGACGCUGGAGCGAAUGGACAGUCUGGAAGACGAUGUGUGGGGCGAAGAGGGCAAGGAAGACGCGAAAAAGAAGAAGACGACGACGACGAGCGAGGAGGGAUGGGAGAGCGAGGGCUUGAAAGCGAUGGGCGGCUGGGACGACACGGGUCUGAACUUCAGCGAUGAGGAGAACAAGGAGCUGGAGAAGGAGUCGCAGAACUUGGAGAUGAUUCGACAGAUGGCCGAGCGAAUGAAAACGAAAAGCGAGUCCCCGAAGAAGAGCGACGAGGGCUGGGAGGAUGAGUUUGGCGGCACGAAGAAGACGCGGACGCGGCGAACCACCGCGGCGAAGACGACGAAGUCUGCCGCCAAGCCGACGAAGAUUUCGGAUGACGAUUUGAUGGCGAUGCUCAACGAUGACAAGCCGCUUCCCGCCAAAAACACCGCGGCGAAGAAGGCCUCGGACGGCUGGGACGACGGCUGGGACGACGAGCCCGCGAAGAAGCCCGCGGCGAAGAAAGCGUCGGACGGCUGGGACGACGACUGGAACGAGGAGCCCGCCUCGGCUCCGACUUCGAAGAAAGCGUCGGACGGCUGGGACGACGACUGGGACGCGCAGCCCGCCUCUGCUUCGAAGUCUGCGGCGAAGAAGGCGUCGGAUGGAUGGGACGAUGACUGGGACGCGCAGCCCGCUUCGACUUCCACGUCGACGAAGAAGGCUUCGGACGGUUGGGAUGACUGGGACGCCAAGCCCGCACAGCCCGCACAGCCCGCACGCAGCGCAGCCCGCGCGCCGAAAGUGUCGAAGGCAGCGUCGGGGUGGGACGACUGGGACGACGCGCCGACAACAACGAAGACGAUGACGAAGAUGACGAAGAUGACGGACGGAUGGGACGACGACUGGGACGCGCAGCCGGCGACAAAGACGAAGACGACGAAGACGACGACGGACGGGUGGGACGACGACUGGUAA